AUGCUGUUCGAAGAUCUCGCAACGGAGCUUGUGGUGCAGGUGUACCUAUCAUGCCGUUCAGUCAACGACGUGACAGCUCUAUCUGCCACCUGCCGCCGUUUCCGCAACAUCUAUUCUUCCUCCCAGAAACUACCCAUACUCGAAAAGGCCGCCGAAACGCAAUUCGGUCCGCUAGAAGACCUCACUCAACUCCUGACCCACAACAAAAGCCAGCCUGCACACAUCGUCCGCUCCGUUCCCUUCUCUCUCGCGCUGCUCAAACAAAUCGUGCAGCACGGGCGCACGGCUGAGAAAUGGUGCGACAUCUACCCGUUCAAAAAGUGGAAGCACAACUUCGAAAGCCGGCGUCUCUUGACAACAGACGAGCGCUAUCUCGUGAGACGAGCCAUCUAUAGAAUCUGGCUCUACUCCCGCGCCUUCCACAACAGCGACCACCCACGUGAAGCCCGCGCGUCCCGCCUCGUCCUACUCAAGCGCGCAGCCCUCCUCCACAACUGGAGCACCUGGGAACUCGCCGAGAUCGCCGACGUGCACGCCGUCAUCCGCGAAGUCGUACAACGCAACGUCUGCCCCUCCAACGGCACCAUCGCCCGAAAGUUCAAGAAACGACAUCCAGGCAACGAACACUCCCUCCUCUUCAACAUCCACCUCAACUACCCACCCACCGCGCCCCAAGCCUUCAACCCUUUCACGCCAAACCCUCUCUCCACCCACUUCAACAACACACCCACAUACACCUCCCGCUACGCCGCAUCCAAAUACUCGCUCCACCCCUCCCAUGAAGUCGGUGCUGAAGGCUGGGGCGACGAUAUCCCACAUUACUACGUUAUCGAGGACUAUAUGAAGCUUGAUCCGGCUCAGAUACUUUACUUGAAGGAACAUGCGCCGCUCAAGGGCAUGGUGGAGGGCUACGUGAGGGGCUUGUGUCCAGAGUAUGAUUGGUUCACGAAUAAUGGGGAGACCUGGGUGGCGACGUUGGAGUUUGUGCUUGGUGAGCGCGGGGAGGAUGUGGGGGAUUUCAUGGGGGCUAUUGCGGAGGGGGAGGCGGGUGUUGCUGUUUGUGAGGAGUGA